CUUCAGCGUUUUCUCUUUAAAAUGGAAAGACACACACACACACAGAGAUUAUAAAGACGAAGAACAUUCUGUUCUGAUCAGUGAUAAAUCUAAUGAAUCUUAAAGUCUGCCAGUGCAGGAGCGAAGUGGUAAAGGGCAUAUCGACUGCACCUGAUGUAUGCCUCAAAAACGAAACACAAUCGACCCGAUACUUCACAGCCUGGAGGUCAAGGGGACAUUGUACCCGGCCUAGGUGAAAGAAUUGCCAGAAAGAGAGAUAAGGUUAGAAUCAAGUACCAGAUUUGUAAUAAGUCAGGAGACGUUGAAGAUGAAGGGGAUCCUUUUGAACUGACUUUGGGUGACUAUAAAUAUGGCAAAGAAUUUGACGAAGGCAUCUAUGGAAUGAAAGUCGACGGAACUAGACAACUUAAGAUCCCACCAGGACAAGGCCCAGGAGGUGGAAAAGACACUGGAAAAGUUCAGGGGGGUUUUAAGACUUAUCGUGUGGCACUUCUUGCUAUUUUCGAUCCCCCGUCCAGUUCUGGAACUAAUCAACAUCAAGGACAGCAUUAGAGUUCGAAGCCAUUUGGUUUUAAGCUUCCUUGUUGUUAAUAAUCACUAUCAGUCAUACAGAGUUUAAGACCUUCCUGUGUUUAUUCUGAUAGAAGAAUUUGGUUAGUAUUAAACAAGAGAUUUCAAUUACACUCUCCUGAACCAACAAGUACUUGUUAUUAUGAUGAAAGAAAUGCAUUUUAUGCUACA